GUCCAUCAGUGGCGGCCCCGCUGAUGUAGCGACGUUAGUACGUAACCUCCCGCUAUCGAUUUUCCCGGUCCCGCGAAUCCAACAGUUGUGCGUGGGCGCCACCACCCCGCCGACAGACACACCCCGUGCCCACGCAAACCGAAAGUGAGAGAGCGCCACCUCCGCAACGUCCACCCCCCACCCAACACCCUAGACCCACGAACGACCGGCCACCCACACCCCUCGGCCUUUUCUCCAUCACUCGCGACGGGCGCGCUCUCUGCAGAUCACCCCCACAGAGGCACCGACAUUCCGGGUUGUUGUGAUACACGCAAAUGGGUAUUACAGAGGAGUAGACUCGCUGCGUCUGAGUGCUGUCGAGACGCGUUCUAUUAUUGGUUUUCUGCUCAAACAGUGACGCGUACACGUGGUUGGUGCUUUCGUUGACGAGGAAAACGCGUGGUAAUACUUGGAAACCAAAACAUUUUAUAAAAUGACUACACCAACGGAAGAUAUGGAUUUGAGUCAGUACAAGCAUAGUCGCCAUGAAUCAUCAUAUGCAAAACUAGACGCAUAUCGCAAAGAUGGUACAUUAUAUGAUAUUACUUUAAAGUCAACAGACGGAAACGAAAUACGUGCUCACAAAUGCGUGCUGGUAUCCAAUAGUGAAUAUUUUGAAAAAAUGUUCAUUGGGAGAUUCCAAGAGACCACUCAAGAUGUUAUCCAAAUUAAAGAUAUUAGCAGUGAAGUCUUGCAAAAUUUAAUUGAUUUCAUGUAUACUGGUGUAUUGGUGCAGAUCAAUCAGGAUAACAUUGAUGAAAUGUUGUUCGGAGCUGAAUUGUUCCUAAUGAACGAUGUUCGAGAUGAAUGCAUUUCAUACUAUAAGCGGUCGUUGAGUGACGAAAAUUGUUUGACGAUUAAAGAAAUUGCUGAUAUAAGAGGAAUGACUAAAUUGUCGGAAGAAUGUUUCAAUUAUGCUCUACAAUACUUUAACGAUGUAGUCCAACAUCAGUCUUUUUUGGAUGCAGACGUCAAACAUUUAACGGAAUUGUUGAAGAACGAUGAUUUGAACUGUAAAGAAGAAGAAGCAGUGUACAGAGCUGUUAUAAAAUGGAUAAAACAUGAUGAAGCUGAACGAAAACAUUUAUUGCCAGGAUUGUUGAAACAUGUUAGGCUAAUAUUCAUGUUGGAAGAUUGUCUCCUUAAAGAAACUAAAACAGAACCACUCAUUUAUACUAAUCCUCAUUGUAUGCAUUGUUUCAAGAAAGUAUUCAAUCAUUUUCAUUUUAAAUACGGAGAUUCAUUGAAGAAGAUAAUAACAAAUGUGAGACCAAGAAAACAUACUACCAAUCUGUUCACUUUAGAUAAGGUACUGCGCCUAAAAUUUCAUCAAAGUACGCCGCCACCAGAAUGUUUAAAACGUAGAGGAAAUGACCUUCUUGAAUAUAUAAAUGUAUACAAUUUCGAUGGUAAUUUACCACACGUCGAAUGGUAUCAAUAUUUGAAGGAAGAAAAUUUUCUCGAAGACUGGGACGAAGAAUGGAGAGGUAAUAAUGAUAGUACUGAUGAUGAAAGUGACGAAUAGUACGAACUUAAUUUUCUUAGUACUCAAUAAAUAAAAACAAAUAUUUUAUAUUAAGAUUAAGGCUGUAACUGAACAAUUUUUACUGAACAAUAUAAAAUGAUAAAAUAUAUAACUAUAAAAUGUGUGAACAAUAAAAAUAAUAAGCAUAGAUAUGGGCCUUAUAUCCUUAUCUUAUCUGUCCAAGUAUCUGUCUAAGUGUAAUCUAUAUUUUUUAAUAAAUUAUAUAAUAGCUUUGAACAGGAGACAGAUGUAUCCUUUCUUACGUAGGUAAUACGUUAAUGAAUUACCAUUUAUUUAUGGACAGUUUAGGUAUUUCAGAAUACUUAUCUUUAAUUUAUUAUUAUUUUUAUACAUUAAAAUAUAUUAUAAUUUUUGAACCUUGAUUGUUGGAGACAUCAAUCAGACAUCACUGUUUACUUAUAAGUAAUUAAAAAUAUCUUGAGAAAUUAAUAAGAAUAAUAAAGACCUUUCGAUGUAAAAAUCGUACAUAUCUGACCAAUGAAUAAUAAAAACACAUUUACACACAAAUUCAAUGAAACUAAAUGCUCAUCCGGCAUUUGUGUAUUUUAUAAUAUGUGCUAUACAUUUUUUCCAAUAUUUUCC